AUGGGAGCAGCAGCAACAACUCCUACCACUACUCAAGAGUAUGUGCAGGAGGAGGUACCAUUAGAAAGUAAAAUUUCUCAUGUUGAUGGAGGAGUGGUUGUUGGUAGAUACCGUGAUGGCAAAAAAACUCCCCAACCUUUUUUCGAGGUUUCAAACGGCAACAGUGUCAUUAGGCUACGCCAUGUAAAUACCGGCAACUACGUUAGAAGGUACAACGGUAUCGCCGAUUCCGAUAGUUAUCGAGGUUGCUCGACUUUAUUGCCUAAACUGCAGCCCGAUGACAACACUGAUGGGUUCACCUUCAUUGACUGGGAAUCUGUCGUUAUAUUGCCAGAUCUUAUCAGGAUAAAGGGUGACAACGAGAACCACCUGAAGGCCUGCCCGUACGGGUUUAUGAACCUGAGUUCCAAAGCCGAAAAUUCUUCAUUUUUUGAAUACGAGGUGUCUCCAAGUCGCAAUGGAGGCAUACGCCUGAAAAGUGUUCAGUUUGGCACUUACUGGACAUGCGUAGAUCCUGGUUAUUGGGUGUGGUUAAAGAAGGCGUCCACCGCAGACCAUGACACCAACACCGUAUUUUUACCCACGAUACUUGAUGGCAACCGCAUCAUGUUGCGAAGUUUGAAGAACGGCUUAUUAUGCAAGAGAUACACAGAUGCUGGUAGACAGAACUGCCUCGCCACACUUUAUAACUAUCCGGACGUGUGCAGCUACAUGGAGAUUGAGGAGGCGUUUACCUCAAGGAAGAUCGAAAACGUCAAAUAUCACCUUACUGAUGCAAGGCUUUACAAUGAGAAAACUCUUGCACUAAUCACUGAUGAUUCAAGUAAUAGAACUAAACAUCCCCAAACGUCACAAGUAAAUCUCAAGACUACAGUUUCUAACACAACUAGUUGGAGUAUAAGUGGCUCGUUGGAACUUGGUGUCAAGUUUACUGGCAACCUUGGUGUCCCACUCAUAGCAUCGGGUGAACUUGAGAUUUCUGGUCAGGGUAUCGGAACGAAACAAUGGGGAGCAACGACGACCGAAAACAUUGAAGUUGGGUCUGUGCGAACCGUCACUGUGCCACCUAUGAGUAGAGUGAAGGCAAGCCUGAUGGCAACGCGAGUUCCCUACGACAUACCCUUCUCAUACACUCAGCGCGACAUCUUGAAAAAUGGGACUACAAAAGUUACUGAAAGGAACGAUGGCGUUUUUACUGGACACAACGGCUACGACUAUAAGUACGACGUUAUCCCGCUUCCUCUCGAGUGA